AUGGUAUCCAUCACAUUAUCUAUGCUCAUCAAUAAUAUACGACAUGUCCUCCACAACUCUCUCCCGAUACGACGCUCGAAAGCCAACAAGAAACACAAUGCACACGAAAACACACUCGCUGUACUAUAUCCUCGCUUGUUGAUGAAACGACGAGAUAGCAAAAACAGCAUGGUGUUCGAUACACUUGCAGCUGCCCAAUUCUUUUCCAACUCUACAUUCACCUUUCCCUCGACAGCAUCUCGGCAAAAUAACCUAUGUAACGGUCUUGAUAUACCGGUUACUCCACAAUACCGCCCACCUCGUGCUCCUAUUGUUCUUUGCCAUGGGCUAUAUGGAUUUGACAGACGUGGCCCUGAAUCAUUACCCAUGUUUCAAAUACGCUACUGGGGUGGAGUUGAGGAAGCACUUGCCAAGCUCGGUGCCAAAGUGAUUGUAACCAAGGUCCCUCGCACUGGUAGCGUAUGGGAGCGUGCACAAGCUUUGCAUGAUAUUCUCAAAGGUAUCCUUUCUGGUGGGCAAGUUAAUUUCGUUGCCCAUUCGAUGGGUGGAUUGGAUUGUCGAUGUCUCUUGUCACAUAUCCGAAAUCGACCUUAUCAUGUUCAAUCACUCACCACUAUAUCAACACCACACCAAGGAUCACCUGUAAUGGAUUGGUUUCGAGAUCAUGUGGGUGUGGGUGUAACGUACGCUAUCAUGGAUGCUGCUGCCAAUGCUACCUCACCAUGCCAUCAACAACAAAAGCAAAAGAGCAUGGCCAAUUUCUUCGAUCCCGUAAUCCAAGUACUUGAUACUCCAGCCUAUGCCAAUCUAACUACCGACUACUGCAAGAAUCAUUUUAAUCCCAAUACCCCUGAUGAUCCAUCCGUUGCCUAUUACUCGUAUGGAGCCAACACUGCCAUUCCACCAUGGACAUUCCUAGGAAUGACUUGGCAAGUUGUGAAUGAACGUGAAGGAGACAAUGACGGCAUCGUAUCAGUGGAGAGCGCUAAAUGGGGCAAGUAUAUCAAAACGCUCGACGCCCACCACUGGAACCUCAAUGGGCAAAGGUAUCGCUGGCGAUCCACAUCUAGAGAAAAAACUAGCAAUAGCAACUUUGAUCCUACAGAUUUUUACAUGGAGUUAGCUACCCAUUUGUAUGAACAAGGACACUGA